AUGCCCACCGGGCCCCUGGAGAGACCGGCCGGCGCGCCGGAGAAAGUGCGCGCCUCGUCUGAGAGCAGGAAGUCUUCCAAACCCAUCAUGGAGAAACGCAGGCGAGCGCGCAUCAACGAGAGCCUGGCGCAGCUGAAGAGCCUCAUCCUGGACGCGUUGAAGAAAGACAGCUGCAGACACUCCAAGCUGGAGAAGGCGGACAUCCUGGAGAUGACCGUCAAGCACCUGAGGAACCUGCAGCGUCUGCACGUGAGCGCGGCGGUGCACUCCGACCCGUCCGUCCUGAGCAAGUACAGAGCCGGAUUCAGCGAGUGUGUCGGAGAAGUGACCCGCUUCCUGUCGUCGUAUGAAGGGGUGAACUCUGAGGCCAGAACUCGCCUCCUCAGCCACCUGGCCUCCUGCGUGAGCCAGAUCCACACUGUAAACGUGUGUGGACCGCAUCCAGGCGCUCCAGGACAGAGCGCCGCCCUGCUUCCUGCGGCGUCGGGCCCACAGACGACCAAAAGCUGCUCCCAGAUGCCUGCCUCCACAGACACUAUUACACUGUUUGCUGGCUUCCAGGUGGUGCCAUCCCCAGAUGGACAGUUUUCUCUGCUUGUUCCCAGUGCAGGCCUCACCCCACUGGGCAUGCACAGCGGCGGAGCGCCAGCCGCUGCGCCCGCCCUCACUUCAGACAGUGUGUGGAGGCCGUGGUAG